UCAAUGUGGAUUGGACUGGGUUGUGGUGACCCGAAUACCCAUGAAACCAUAUCCGAUAAAAAAAGUCUAGAUCUUUCUGGAACAGUACAACAAGCUGGCAAAUUCUAGAUUCGACCCUUGUUGUGAUACCACAAAAAACCGCGAUUCGCCUCCGAUUCAUAUUUACGUUAUAGCUAUAUCUUUGGCCAAAGUUGACACCGUCCUCCUUCACAAACUUUGCUCAUCCCGAUCUCAAUCUCCGGCAAAAUCCAGUUUUUAAGUUUCCGGUCGUUUUCUCUCACGCUCUCUUUCUCCCGAGGUAGUUGUUGUUUCUAAAGUAUCAUGGCUGAGCAACAAUCAGUUGAAGGGUCAAGCACAAGCAAUGUUUCUAGUGGAAGUUCUGAAUCAACCGUGGAGCUCAAUAUCAAGACCUUAGAUUCCCAGACACAUCCUUUUAACGUGGAUAAGAAUAUGCAAGUUUCAGCCCUGAAAGACAGAAUAUCAAGUCAGAUUGGUGUACCUGUUGAGCACCAAAGGCUAAUUUUUAGGGGCAAGGUCUUGAAGGAUGAUCACCUUCUUUCGGAAUAUCAUGUGGAAAAUGGGGACACACUACAUUUAGUACUGAGGCAAUCUCAACCGCAACCUUCAUCGGUUAGCAGCACUGGACAAGCCACUACUAACAAUGUUAGCAGAGGACAAGAGUCUCAACCUUCUGCUGGAGGCUCACGGCGUGUCGGGCAGAUUUCACACAGUGUUGUCCUAGGAACUUUUAAUGUUGGAGAUCAGGGGGAAGGAGUUGUGCCUGAUCUUAGUCGGGUUAUUGGGGCAGUUUUAAACACUGUAGGGAUUGGGAACAUGACUGGUGGCCAGCUUCCUGGUGUGCAGGUCAGUGCUCCAGUUCCUCCACCUCAAGGAAAUGAGAGUCAAAGUCAGCAAUCUGGGCAGGCAUUUGCUGGUCAAUCUUUACCUCAAGUAGUUCAAAUUCCACUGGGGGCAGCAUUAGCUGUCCCCUCAAUUAAUUCACCCAUUCCUGAUUCCUUGCACACGCUUACUGACUUCAUGAAUCGCAUGGAGCUCGUAUUCUCACAGAACGGUUACCCGCCAAACCAGUCACCUAAUACUGCAGCAGAUUCACCUGCAGUACAGUUGCCUACAAAUUCUCAUGGCUUAUCGACUCCAGAGGCAUUGAGCACUGUUCUGCAUCAUGCAGAGCGUCUCUUUGGCGGUCAUGUCAUUGCGGCAUUAUCUCAAAUUGCAGGACGGUUGGAACGGGAAGGGGGCUCCAGUGAUCCUGCAGUAAGGGGACAGGUGCAGACAGAAUCAGUGUUAAUUGGUCAAGCAAUGCAACAUUUAGGUGCCCUUCUACUAGAGCUUGGGAGGACGAUAUUGACUCUCAGAAUGGGACAGUCACCUGCCGAAUCUUCAGUAAAUGCUGGUCCUGCUGUUUACAUAUCUCCCACAGGGCCGAACCCCAUAAUGGUUCAGCCUUUCCCCCUUCAAACCAGUUCACUCUUUGGUAGCUCAACUGCUGUUCUCCCUAAUCCUGGCCCCUUUGGCGCUCUUGGGAUUGGUAGUGCUCCAAGGCAUGUCAAUAUUCAUAUACAUGCCGCACCUAUAAUUUCUGCAGUUGGUGCUAGGGCGACCAAUGGAGAUGGAGCACAGGGUGAACGUGGUAAUGGAACUGACUCUGGCCAAUCAAGGGCUUUGCCUGUCCGAAAUAUAAUGGCUACAGCUGUUCCACCAAGGCCUGCUGUUAUCUCAGUCUCUAGCCAAUCAGAGAGCUCAAGUGGCCUAGAACACACUACUGUAUCUGGUGCUGUGAAUGAUACUGUAAGCACUCAACUAGGUAUCACAUCUGCAAGUGGGAUGACUGUGCCUGAGCCGCUACUGGCGCAUGAUUGUCCUGGAAGAGAGGAUAAAAUGGGUCAAGGUCAAUCAAGCGAAAUGUCUUUUGGUAAGCCAGAGGCCUCAGCCAGUGCGGGAGGAGCUCAAAGAUCUGGUCAGGAGUUAGGUAGUCCUGAUGAAUCCUCAUCUGUGCCCCUUGGCUUAGGGUUUGGAGGUUUGCAGCCAAAGGUAGGCAAGCCUUUAUGAUGCUGCUUCCCGGAUAUGUCUGAUUAUUUGAUUUGGCUGGAAGAUGGAGUUAUAAUAGAAUAUUCAUUUUUAUUUACAAUAUAGUAGACUGUUUGAAAGGAUAUGUGAUAAGGAGUUAGAAGCCUCUAACCAAUUUAUAUUGGAGUGAUGGCAUUCACCAGUUUCUGCCGCUUCAUUGUCCGUUGUAAUUAAUGAAUGAUUUUGUGUCUGCUGAUUUGUUUAAUGCUCAUGUUCCAUGAAGUGCUAGGUCAAAUUUUCUUGAGUUGCUUUCAUGUGCCCUAAGUUUGUUUUUUCUUUUGUCUUGUCAAUUAUUUAUUUACCUUAAAUUUAGCAUUCACAUCUCGCUCAAGAGUUUUAAAAGUUGAUAUUCUAUAAUAAAUAAGCCUGCAACUUGUGAUGUCGGGUCAGGGGAACAUCACAGGUUCGAACCCUGCAACAAACAAUAGCCUGGUAAUUAAGGGGAGAAGGGUAGAGGGACGAGCCCAUUAUCUAUCGAGUUUUGAACUGUGCACCAAUGAC